UUUUUGUUUUCAAGGGACAGAGACAGAGCUACGAUUUAAAGAGCUUGUUUAACCCGCCUACCUGAGCAGCAUCAUUCACUCAUAAAAACUACACAGGAAGUCAGGUUUCAGAAAAUAAGGGGGAUAUGGCAAUGUACAACCGCAAACCCCUGACAUUGCUUGGCUUCCAUCAUAUGCAGGACUGCCUUAUCUUGGUGAAAGCCAAGGAACAGUGAUGGAGUCUGUUUACAUUAAACAGGAGGAUGUUCUGGGAUUGGUACCCAUCUGCAUUAAAGAGGAAGAGACUGAACUGGAGCCUAUCCACAUUAAAGAAGAGGAGACUGAACUAGAAUUGGAUGAUAUUGCAACAGACAUAGGGGAGCUGGGGGUUAUCCACAUUAAAGAGGAAGAGACUGAACUGCAGCCUGUCCACAUUCAAGAGGAGUCUGCUGAUUUGUUGUUUAAGGAAUCAAUAAAAACAUCCCGGCCAAAGACAUUGCAUCAAUGUACUGAAUGUGGGAAGCUCUUCAGUCAGUUAGGAAACCUAAAAAUACACCAACGAAUUCACACGGGAGACAAACCGCAUUCCUGUACUGAAUGUGGGAAGUGCUUCAAUGAGUCAGGACACCUAAAAACACACCUACGAAUUCAUACAGGAGACAAACCACAUCACUGUACUGCAUGUGGGAAGAGCUUCAGUCAGUUAGGAAGCCUGAAAAGACACCAGCGAAUUCACAGUGGAGAUAGACCAUACCUCUGCACUGAAUGUGGAGAGAGUUUUAGAGAGUCUGGAAUCCUAAAAAGACACCAGCGAAUACACACUGGAGAGAAACCAUAUCACUGCUCUGAAUGUGAGGAGAGUUUCAAUCAGUUAGGAAGCCUAAAAAUACACCAGCGAAUUCAUACGAAAGAGAAGCCACAUCAGUGUGCUGAAUGUGGGAAGAGUUUCAGUGAGUCAGGAAACUUUAAAAGACACCAGCGAGUUCACACAGGGGAAAAGCCGUAUCACUGUCCAAAAUGUGGUAGGAGAUUUGGUUUCUCCGGUCAAGUAAAGAGGCAUAAAUGCCAGUGUUAAAAAACUGCUAAUGAAACUGCUAAAAAUAUAAAUAAAUAAGUAUGGCUUGUCCGUUCUCCUGGGACAGUCAGAAAAUGAUGGAAAACUGCUUCCAAUGUAUUCAGUGGUCCAUAUUUUAACAAUGAAAGCUGACUCUUCCUGUAUUGGUGUGUGCCAGCAUUUAUUCAGUGGUCCAGUAGCUAAAGAUCUUAAGUUGAGAGAACACUUUGUGGCUUUAACAUGUUAAUUUGGAUUCAUAUGUUGUUUUUUUCUGACUUUAUGUGAACGAAAAGACACAAAUU